AUGGAGACCGUCAAGAACGCCGCCAACUACGUCGCCGAGACCGUCCAGGGUACUGGCGCUGAGGCUUCCAAGGAGGCCAACAAGAACGUCGCCAAGAACGACGACGCCAAGGUCUCUACCCGUGCCAGCGCCGCCAAGGAUGCCGUUGUCGACAAGAAGGACGAGUUCUCCCACAACACCAAGGCUGAUGUCCACAAGGAGGCCGCUAAGAACUAA